AUGCGGGCCCAAUUCUUCAUCGCCGCCAUCUUCGCAUCGCUUGGUGCCCAGGCAGAUGAUGCCAGCACUCGAACCACUGGCUACUUCUCCCCCGACUGGAACAACGCGAAUUUCCCAGGCGCUUGGCAUAGCACUGCUGCCAGCAUCGCUGGUAUCAACGCGGAUGCCAUCACCUACCAAGUGAACUGUCAGAAAGGCGCCCCCAAGUCGGACUGCGACAUCCAGUCGAUGACCAUCAUCCAGGGCGCCAAGACAGUGAACUUUGACGCCACAUACAUCGCGACCUCAACUGGUGACAACGGUUACGACAUGACUGUCACCGAGUCCUAUGACUGCUCUUUGAAGGCAUCGACCGAGUCAGCCAGCUGCACCAUGAGUGUAAGCAUGGGUGGUAGCGCGAACGGAGGCAAGACCUCUUACUCUUCGUCCGCCACCACCACAUACACGACCGCCCCCAUCACCGACAGAUAUUAUGAGCUGCGGAUCACCGGCGGACUGGACACCUUGACCUCGCCCCAGGCGACUGAAACACCGGACGCUGCUGCCGCCGGACCUGCAGGUGCCAUGAUCACUGCUGGGCCGGUUGUGAUGGCUGCACUUGCUGCUUUGCUUUGA